AUGCCGACCGGGAAGUUAGCUAAAUGGCAAAUGUUGUUGAGUGAGUUCGAUAUCUUGUAUGUGACUCAGAAGGCAAUAAAGGCACAAGCUUUGGCUGAUCAUCUCGCGGAAAACCCCGUUGACGAAGAAUAUGAACCACUUAAGACGUAUUUUCACGAUGUGGAGGUGUCAUUUGUGGGUGAAGAUAUCUCUGAACCUUAUCCAGGUUGGAGAUUAUUCUUUGACGGAGUGGCGAAUCACCAGGGUAAAGGUGUUGGAGCAGUCCUGGUAUCAGAAUCUGGUCAGCACUAUCCUAUGGCGGCUAAACUACGAUUCAACUGCACAAACAACAUGGCUGAGUAUGAAGCUUGCAUUCUCGGUUUGAAAAUGGCCGUUGACAUGAAUGUUUACGAGUUACUGGUUAUCGGAGAUUCAGACCUCUUGAUUCAUCAGGUUCAAGGAGAAUGGGCUGCGAAGAACCCAAAAAUUGUACCUUACGUACAGUACGUCCAAAAUCUGUGCAAAAGGUUCCGCGGGAUUGAGUUCAAACAUACUCCCAGAAUACAGAAUGAACUAGCUGAUGCUCUCGCAACCAUCGCUUCAAUGAUCAAACAUCCAGAUACUGAUUACAUCGACCCGUUGGAUAUAGACUUGAGGGAACAUCCAAGGUACCUGGAGUCUGGGACAUAUCCAGAAGACGCCACAUCUAAUCAAAAGAAGUCGAUACGUCGUAUGGCUCUCAAUUUCUUUCUAAAUGGAGAAGUCUUGUAUAGGAGGACUCCAGAUUUGGGUCUUUUAAGAUGUGUAGAUGCUGCUGAAGCUGUGAGGCUUAUUGAACAGAUACAUGCUGGAGUUUGCGGUACACACAUGAAUGGGCUUACUUUAGCAAGAAAGGUUCUUCGAGCUGAAUCCAUCAUCACUGAUAACGGUGCAAAUCUCAAUAGUCAUCUGAUGAAAGAGAUAUGUGAACAAUUUAAGAUUAUUCACUGA